AGGCAUUUGCAUCCUGGCAGAUGACUGGUGUGCUUGGCACCGUCUUGGCACCAGCACCUCCCGUGUCCCCUGAGCAACGAGGCAGAAGGGGCAACUGCCCCCAAAAGGGGAAGGGAGUGGCAGAGGAUCAUAAAAGGAGGGCAGAUGCCGGGAGAGGAGGCAGGGAACACGGGCUGCAGAUCACUGGGAGACGUGUGUCUCGGCAGGGAGAAGACCACGCCCGGCCAGGAGAGCGUCCUUCCAUUCCUGCCGCCAUGCCCUCCUCCACUUGGGGCCAUUUGGGGCUGCUGCCCUUCCUCCUGCUCCAUCUCUUCUUGGGCAUGACCCACGCCCAGACCUUCCACAUGGGGAAGUGCCCGGACCCCCCGGUCCAGGAGGUGUUUGACAUGCACAAGUAUUUAGGCAAAUGGUACGAAAUUGAGAAGCUGCCAUCCAACUUCGAGAAGGGCAACUGCAUCCAGGCCAAUUACUCCCUGAAGGAAAACGGGAAAGUGAGAGUGGUCAACAAAGAGAUUCACAUGGACGGCACCGUCAACGAGAUCGAGGGAGAGGCCUUCCACGGAAACCUCCAGGAACCAGCCAAGCUGCACGUCAAGUUCAACUGGUUCAUGCCGGCAGCCCCUUACUGGGUCAUCUCCACCGACUACGAGAACUACGCCCUGGUCUACUCCUGCAGCACCUUCAUGUGGCUCUUCCACGUGGAUUACGCCUGGAUCAUGUCCCGGACGCCCGAGCUGCACCCGGAGACUGUGGACCACCUGAAGAACAUCCUCCAGUCCUACGACAUCGACACGUCACGGAUGCGGCCCACCGACCAGACGGACUGUCCCCCUGACAUGUAGCCCUCGCAAGGGGACCAAGGCUGGACCAAAGGACACCUGGACACACGGACAGACGGGCUUUCUUGCUUCCUUGUGCUAAAUAGCAAUGCUUACGGCAUGGUACCUGUUGGGAGGGGAAAAGGACGGAAGAAUGGACGGAAGGGUUAAAGGAUGGCAAGGAAGGAGGGGAGGCAAGGAACAAAGGAAAGAUGGAGAGGAAGGAUAGAUGGAUGGAAGGAAGAAGGAAAGGGCAAAGGAAUGACAGGAAGGAAGGAGGGAAGGAAGGAAAGGGGGGAAUACAAAUUUGUGCCCCUGUUGCUUUGUGAGGCCUCUUUUCCAGCUGUUGCUUCCAAGACCACAUCUGGCCCAGAUGAGCCGAAGGCGGCUGCCUGGGGUUUCUGUGCCGAUGCUGCCUCUGUGGCGCCAUGGAGGGCAGAGGGCUGGAACCCACUGGGCAGCCACGCCAUGCCCUUCCUGGGCAAAGCUACGGACCAAGUGCUCUUCCGGGAAACCUUCGGCUUUUCUGCUUAGAAUAAUAAACUCCG